GUUAAAAACCCAAAAACCCUCGCCGCAGAAGCUGAUUGAUGCUCCGUCUGAAAGAUGCCGAAUUCGCAGCUAGCCUCCAAUCUCCGUAACCGGCGGCGUAGUAGAUCCAAAUCCAAAUCCAAAAGACAAAAGCUUAUUCAGAAUCAACCUCUGUGUCAAGAGACAGAAGAGGAGGUAGAAGAAGAAGAAGAAGAUGAAGGAAACGGUUUCAAGCUGAAAACUUCAGCCAAACACGGAGUCCAACCCCUCGGGAACCUCUACUUCGUCAACAAGGGCGCGGUGAACGCGAGAAACACCGGUCUAGGUAACCUCCAGGUCCUCACCGACGAGCUCGUUCUAGACAUCUUAGCACUCCUCGACGCAACUCAUCUCGGUGUUUUAGCCACCGUGACCAAAUCUCUCUACGUCUUCGCGAACCACGAGCCUCUCUGGAGAAACCUCGUCCUGGAAGAGCUAAAAGGCGAGUUCUUGUUUACCGGGUCGUGGAAAUCAACCUACGUAGCUUCUUCUUCACGUCCGAAGAUUCAGAAAAAAUCUGGUGAAUCGGUUUUGAAGAUUAGAGAUUUCUAUUCUGAUCACCUCUUCCAGAGCUGGCUCUGCGCGAAUCUCGAGAUGAAGCAUGAGUGGCUCGAGAGAGAUAACAUCGCACGUGUGAGUGGCGUCUCCGUCGAGGAGUUUAUCGAAAAGUUUGAGGAACCUAAUAAGCCUGUUCUGUUGGAAGGUUGUCUGGAUGAUUGGGGUGCGGUUACGAAAUGGACCAAGGAGUAUCUCACUAAAGUGUCUGGUGAUGUAGAGUUCGCUGUCGGUCCGGUUGAGAUGAAGCUCGAGAAUUACUUUAGGUACUCUGAUGGAGUCACCGAAGAGAGGCCGUUGUACUUGUUUGAUCCCAAGUUUGCUGAGAAAGUCCCCGUCUUGGACUCGGAGUACGAGGUUCCUGUCUAUUUCAGGGAGGAUUUGUUUAGUGUUUUGGGCGACGAGCGGCCUGAUUAUAGAUGGAUCAUCAUAGGACCGUCCGGGUCUGGAUCUUCUUUUCACAUUGAUCCUAACUCGACGUCUGCUUGGAAUGCGGUGAUCACUGGGUCGAAGAAAUGGGUUAUGUUCCCGCCUGAUGUGGUUCCUCCGGGUGUGCAUCCGAGUCCCGAUGGUGCGGAGGUGGCUUGUCCUGUUUCUAUAAUGGAGUGGUUUAUGAACUUUUAUGGUGACACUAGAAGGUGGAAGAAGAAGCCUAUUGAGUGUAUAUGCAAAGCUGGGGAGGUGGUGUUUGUACCUAAUGGAUGGUGGCAUCUGGUGAUUAACCUGGAGGAAUCUAUUGCUAUUACUCAGAACUAUGUUAGCAGGAGGAAUCUACUGAAUGUAUUGGAGUUUCUGAAGAAACCAAAUGCUAAAGAGCUCGUCUCAGGAACAAAUGACAGAGAGAACUUGCAUGACAAGUUCAAGAAGGCCAUUGAAGAAGCCUACCCCGGGACUAUCCAAGAGUUAGAGAAGAAAGCAGAAGAAAAGAGAAGAGCAGAAGAACAAAAAGUCACUUUCUGGGACGCUGCUACAGAUUCCAAAUCUGGUGCUUUCAAGUUUUCUUUCUAAAAAAAACAACAACAUCAAUUCCAAAUUUUCCUUGUAACUUUUUUGUCACUGAGGAACAACAAUCUUUUUUUUUACUCAUGUGCUCUGUUUCACUA